AUUCUGUUCAUGUCCUGUUAAAACCUCUCGAAAACUUUCCAGCACUCUUUAGCUGCAGCUUUGAGAACGGGAAUCAUCAUGCAUUUCUCUGAUUUGCUCUUUAUUUGUAUUGUGGCAUUGGGAACAUCUGAACUGAGCUCUGCAGGACCUCUUCAUGCACAGUGCAAAGUCGAGUGGUACUUCAGUCUGCCUUGCAGGAGUGUGUCUGAAUCUCUGGUCACACAGAUCAAGAAGUGGAGGACAUUCUCAACCUGCGCCACAGGAGGAGAAAAAUGUCUCUACAAGUUGCAGUCAGCAUCGACGCACUUCAUAUCCGCCAAACACACAACGCCAGUGAAGAAAUAUGUUGAUGACAUCAACUUCAGACUCACCUCUUACGGGUUUUUUACACACUGUCAUGUAUCUGCCAUGUCAGUGUCAGAGACCUGGUAUGCCAUCACUGAUCACGGCACCAACUACUGUAACCUCUACAACUUGAUUGAAGGAAGUGGAUUGUCUGAAGCUCCAGGAUAUAAAGAAAUCACCAGUGACUUCCUAUGCACUCAGCGCUCAUCUGCUAACUGCACCAUUUACUGAGACAUCUUUAUAUAUAUUUUUAUAUAAUUUCUGGACGUUUGUACCUAUAGUCUAGUAGAAUUAGAAACUUAGGCCAUGUAUAAUAAUCGUAAAAUUGAAAAUAAAAUUACUUUUAACCAACUUACAGUUUAUAAAAUAAAAUUAGUCUGUUUUAAAUGUGCUGUUUAUAUAUACACACACACAUUGCUGUAAACCCUAGAGAUGGUUGUGCAUGAAAGUCCCAGUAGAUCAGCAGUUUCUAAAAUAAUCAGACUAAAGUCGCUUAAUUCACCUUUCUUCCCCAUUCUGAUGCUUUUAAACUGCAGAAGAUCGUCUUGACCAAGUCUACAUGCCUAAAUGCAUUGAGUUGCUGCCAUGUGAUUGGCUGAUUAGAAAUUUGCAGUUGGACAGGUGUACCUAAUAAAGUGGCCGGUCAGUGUAUUAUUAUAAUUUUUUUUGUUAUUUUGGUGAUUUGACUUGCAUACAUUUUUAAAUCACUUUUGAUUAAAAAACUCUGCCAAAUUAAUAAAUCUAAAUUUAUUUUGUCUCAUUUAAUGUUGUUUCAAACAACUAAACCAAACAGCUAAUUUUUAUUUUAAUGUUGUAGCAAAGAUUGUGGAGCAGAUCUAUUACUGACA